AUGCGCCUGCGCCGUCUGUUGAAGACACUACGAACAUGUCCACUGCCACGAGGUCGGAAAUUACUAGGGAAGUUGGCUGAAUACAUUGAAUGCGGCUUAGUUCACGGGCAAACCCCUGAAAAACAUCUUCGCCGAGGCAUUUCAAGGGUGGCCUCGCUGAGCGCAAGAGGCGCAAAGAAGCCCAGAGUACCUAGCUAG